CAGGAGAGGGAACGUAAGAACCUGCGAAAUGGCGGCGCCCGUUCUAAACGCUGUCCUGCGCGGAGUCCGGAGGAGUAGAGGGUUUAGUACAACUGCUGUUCUCUGCAAACUGGGUGUACCUCUGGGACCAAUGCCUAAUGAAGAUAUCGAUGUUAGUGAUUUGGAGGCACUGGAAAAGUAUCGUGUUUUCACUCGCUAUUUCAAGGUAGCAGAAAAAGAGAGUAAAAAAACUCCUUGGUGGCGAACAUAUAAGAAAUGCAUCACUCCAGAGGAAGAUAAAGAGGCAAAGAUCGACAUUGGUCUGCCCAGUCUUCCAGUGUCACAUAAAAAGAUACAGAAAGAGAGAAUGGCUAUCAGGAAACAAAAUUUAAGCAAUGCGGAACUGGAAAAAGCAUCCUGGCUCAAAACAUUGCAGAUUCCUCUAGAUGAUGUCAAAGCUGAAUGGGAAAGAACCAGUGGCCCAUAUCACAAACAGCAAUUAGCAGAACACUAUGGACUGUAUCGGGACUUGUUUGAUAAUGCCAUGUUUGUUCCCAGAGUGCUUCUAAAAGUGGAAUAUAACCAGGAUGAAGAAUAUGCUAUGCCAAUUUAUUAUGGAAAUGUGGUUACUCCCACAGAGGCUUUUAAUCCUCCUGAAGUCUCAUUUGAAGCAGAUGAAGGAACACUUUGGACAUUGUUGCUCACUAAUCUAGAUGGGCACCUGUGUGAUAGCAAUUUGGAGUAUGUCCACUGGUUGGUGGGAAACAUUCCAGGCAACAAAAUAGAGGCAGGGCAGGAAAUCUGCCAUUAUUUCCCUGCAUUUCCAGCCAGAGGAACAGGAUACCAUCGCUACGUCUUCCUUCUAUUCAAACAGCACCAGCCAAUUGAUUUUACAGAAGAUGUUCGGCCAACACCUUGUCACAGCCUCAAGAUGAGAACCUUCAGAACAUUUGACUUCUACAAGAAACAUCAGAGUGGUAUGACACCAGCAGGACUGGUGUUUUUCCAGUGCCAGUGGGAUGAUUCUGUUACAAAAGUCUUUUACCAGCUUCUUAACAUGAAGGAGCCAGUGUUUGACUUUGUUCUGCCGCCCAGAUAUCAUCCCCCCCAGAAGAAAUUUCCACACUAUCAACCUCUGAGGUACCUGGACAGAUACAGGGACAGUGAUGAGCCCACCUAUGGCAUUUACUGAGCAGUCAAACAUACUUCUUUCCAUUGGAGACAGAAUAAUUUGCGUGUCUGGUCCAAAAAACAGAAGUCUAUAAAACACAAUUGAAAGUGACUCAAGUUGUCAUUCUUACUAUCCACUUGGAAGAAAAUUCAGCUUCCAUCUCUCUUGUGUAUAUGUGUCUCAGAAGUUUUGCUAAUUUUUCCCAGAAUUUGAUCAAGAAAACUUGAAUGAUAAAAUACUUUUGUUUGAAUAAAAUCAGACAAUACAUUAAAUGUUGCAAAAUGUUCAGUUGCUACAGAAUGCUGGACUGUGUAUUAUCUUUGAUGUUAGAAAGAAAGAAAAGUAUGAUUUCAAAAUAUUUGAAAACAAUUACAUUGGAAGAAACACAUGGAAUCAUUUGGGGACAUAGGUAGCUGAGACUGUCUAGGACAGGUGUGGGCAGUACGUUCCCUCUAGUCCCAAUGAGCCUGCAUUAAAAGCUCCAACUAAGAUUGUAUGUGUGUGCUUGCCUCUGAGUCAGUCUUGACUCCUGAUGACUAUCUGGACAAGUCCCUGCAGUUUUCUUGAC